CUAACGAAAAUCUUUCUUCCCCCGGGAAUACUCGAGCAAGUCGAACGACCUGACAUUUCCAUUUCCAUUUCCAUCUCAACUCACAUGUUGUCCGAGGGCGGAAAUCAACCGACCUACCCGAUCGAAUCCUGCAAGUCCUUGGUAGCACGGCAGAGGCGGACAAGGCAACACAAGGGGAAGGAAGGCCUGACGCCCUCACGGACAGAGACGACACAUGCACGUCGGACAAGCAUCCAACAUGACUUGUCGCACACACACACACACGCACAGCAGAUGCAUGCUUGCUUUGCAUUUGCAUUUAUCAAACCCCGGUCUCGCACGGUACUCUCUCUCUCUCUCUCCCUCUCUUUUUUUUAA